GAGAAAUAUUACUCCGUUGUGAGCUCCAGACACAAACCAAUGUAAACCAAUGUAAACACCAGAACCAACCACCGACAUCUCGACACAAACAAUGCGAAAUCUCUAAUCCCCUCAUCCUCUAGCUAUCAAUAGCACUAGUCGAACAACUUCAAGACCCUCAAAAAGGGCCAAACUUGUCAUGUUUUCACCAGCGACGACCAACAGCACUCCAGCUGCGAAUACUCGCAACGCCAGGCGCAGGCCGCGCCCAACAUCUUCAGAGAAUAUUGCGCUACAACCCAAAGCCAAACGGCAACGCAGCAGCUUACAUGAGAAUACCUUUGUUGUCCCCGAUGCUGCCCCUGAGAUGCAGGAGGUCAAGGCGAAGAAGCCAGCACCGGGGGUCGCCCGGCACGAGAGCAUCGCAGAACCUCAGGGAACAAUAAGACGCGAUCUCACGGUUAGAGGCAAGAAGCCCAAGACUACCGAAAGAACUGGCAAGGGAGAUGGAAGCACGGUUUUGACAAGCAAUGAUGUUUACACUGUCAGCAGGCUUCCUGCUCUACCAGAUCGCCUACAAUCCACGACUACAGGUAGACAGUAUGGCGCGAUAUACUCCGACAGUGGCUAUGCCCUCGCUCUCACAACCACCCAUGCCAUUGUCUGGCCCUACGCUCUCAACACCACGACCCCAGAGACCUUUACCUUCGCCCUACCCUACCCAGCGAAACACACAUCUGAGCAUCUCCCCCUCGGAUCCUUAGUCUCUGCCUCAGCAAGCACUCCCGAACCUGGCCUCGUCGUGGUGAUGCCCUCAAGCGGCAAGAUCACAUACUGGGAGUCGAUCGCGAGCGCAGCCACCCUGGACCUCAUUCAGCAACCGCGACAUGGCGUCGAGCUAACGAUUUCGGGCCUGCUGCAUGGGGAGGUUGUGAUCCAGAUCCUGAAUGCCGAGUCGGCUGGCUUUUUGCUAUCUUUCAGCAGCGGAAGGUUGGCGUAUAUGAGCGUACGGGACGGCCAGGGGAGACCAGCGAUAUCUGUCCAGUUCUUGCGCGGCACGAGCGGAGCAGGCAAUGGAGGGAUAUUUGGAAGCAUUAGGAACGCCCUCAGCAGCUCCUCUUGGCGUGGAGACCUGGCAGCUGCUAGAGCUGGUCCGUCGUUGAAGCCUGGAGAGCGUGAUAUUGUGAGCGCAUCUUCGAAGGGCAGAUUACAAGCUUGGAGUCUUCACCGAGGCGGCCACAAUACCCUCGAGGCAGAAGGCGAUAUCAGGGAGUUGAUUGUGGACGAGUUGAAGCGCACUGACAAGAGUCUUGAGAGCCUGGACCUUGAGUCCUUUGAAGUCCUCGACUUUUCAUUCGCACCACAAGCCAGCGAUAGGGAAGAUUCAACGGCUUUGACAUACCGCGACGACAAUGGCACGGAGCUUCUCAUGCUAACGUCUCUUGGUGGGCAUGGGAUUUGCCACUACGCCCUUGUGCAGGUAUUCCUUCGUCAAAGGGAGAUUAUUGUCAGCAACGUUCACCACCUCCGCUCUUAUUCAACUCCAGUCAGCCGCACAUCCACGUCCAAGCCGAGACUAUAUCUGCCAAAGCCAGGCGUUGCAGCAUUUGUCGUCUUUGACCGCGCCGUCGUGGUGACAUCAAUGGUCAAUGAACCAGAAUCCCCAGAUCAACAACUCCGUGCGGGAACCAAUUAUUUCGAGGAUGUCGUAGACUUCAGGACCGACGCCGGUGUGGAGAUUACCGGCUCUGGGCUGGAGGAGCCACAUACACCCUCCCAUGGCACAGAAGACAGCCGUUCGAGGCGCCACAAGGCCAAAUUCCCAGCUGUCGUUCUCCUGGUGAAGGGUGGUGGUAUAAUCCGUAUUGCCACGACAGACCCGAAGAAGUUUACGGCAGGGGAGGCGCCACAAGUCACGGCUAAGAGCAAGCUGGACCAAGCGGUAUUCUUUGGCAUUCUCGAGAACAACCCAUUGAGUUUCGCCGGACGGCCAGAAAUACAAUUCUCACCCGAAGAAGUUGGCCAGGCCGCCCUACAGCUUAGUCACGAGGUUUUGAGUUCUACGACAGCGCAUAUUCCUUCUAUCCCGGCGUCGAUUGAACAUAAUCUACGGGUACGGGCACAGGCACUGCACAGUCUCGCGACGCACAUCAAGAAGAUGAAUGUCGAGCUUGACCGUCUUACGAAGUGGAAGCUCCUAUGGGACGCGGAGAAACUAAACGGUGCAAAGGGUGCAUGGAGCAACUACGAUACCCUCAUCAGCUCCAAACCCGCCGGCCAAAAGCGCAGCUUAUGGAACGACAUCGUCGAGUGCCUGCACGAGGAGUACAAGUUAAUGCCGUCAAAGGAAUUUGGGGAGGUAGACCGUGUUCGCCACUACUUUAUCCACGACAUCCAUCGCUUCGAGAUGGUUGUUCCCUGGGCCUUCCAGGCUGUAAAGUUGAGGUACGAAGAGUCCGAGCUCGUCCAGCACAAGAUCGUCGAGCUUCUCAGCGAGGCUAAUGAUCUCCUCAUCGGGGCCUUGGCUGGCGCCUACAACUUCCGGACCGAAAACCUAGCUCUAUACGGGCUCCAGGGCGAAGAUGUCCAGAACGGGAUCCUUAUGCAAAACUACAACGACAUUCCGGAACCGUGGACGUGCAAGCUCUAUACGGCGGAUAACGCGAAGAGGCAGACUGAUCUCGCCAUCGGAAUAAUCCGUACCGAGUGCCCCGAGAUGCUCGAUCUCGCCUGCCGCUCCACGACGGAGAAGUACCGCUGGGUCUUCGACACCCUCGUCCCCCUCAUCGUCGAGGAAAUCCAACGCACCAACGAAGCCAUCGCCGAAACGGAAUCCGCACCCGACGGCGACGCCACGGAUCUCAAAGCCCGCGUCGCCCGCCUGCAAGCACAGGUAGAGGGUUACUACGACCUCUUCGGCAUGGAGUGGGCGAAGUCGCUGUACUCGUACUACAUCAAAGAAGGCGAGCUCUUCGCGCUGCUCAGCGACAACGACACGCACCAAAAAUACCUCACCGCCUUCCUGCGCAGCAAAAAGGAGUACGCGAAGGUCUCGUGGAUCAACGAGGUCACGCAGGAGAAGGACUACCACCGCGCCGCAGCCGAACUCCUCGAUCUCGGCCUCACCGCGAACGCGACCUGUGGAGCAAGAAAGUGCAGCUCAGCAUUGGGAAACUGGCGAGAUUGGCGGGGCAAGCGGCGAGUGGACUGA